UUAAUAACCGGUUUCAAAAAAAAAUGAUUGAGGAAAAUGGGAAAAUAAUUCAAGCACUCCAGACGAUCUCACCGAAAAAUUUUAUGGAAUCUUCAUCAUUAAUCUCUUUACCUAAUUUUGAAAAAACUGAUCCCCUAAAAAGUGAAGCAAGUUUUCGAAUGGCGCUGCAAAAGGGUAGUUUCGCGACUUUUCAAAAUGGUUCCCUUAUUCCAAAUCAUGACUACCAAAGUUUUCUGGAUUUUGGACAAAUAUUCUUAGCAUACUUGAAUUUGAUAAAAUGGUUAAACGCGUAUUCCCAAUCUCAAUCCAUAAAGAACAAUUCUAUCCUGAACGCGGAUACAAAAAUUUUGGGAGAUGAUGUAAGUGAACUGAUUCAACGAUGCCUCAUAAUAAAAAAAGACCACAAGGGUUACGGCUUAACGGUUAGCGGAGAUAAUCCGGUGUACGUGCAAUCCGUGAGAAAAGAUGGCGCUGCUGACAGGGCCGGAGUUCGCGAAGGUGACAGGAUUAUCAAGGUGAAUGGCAAUUUGGUUACCCAAGCUAAUCAUUUGGAAGUGGUCAGACUUAUUAAAGCCGCGUCUUACGUAGCGUUAACGGUUCUAAGCCACUCUCCUUCCAUCCUUAAGUCCCAUAUUUUCCCCGAGAGCAACAACGACAAGCUUUAUUUAAACAAGAAACCUAUCGCGAAUCUCUCCUUGAUUCCUUCCUCAUCCUUUUCGUCUCCCCUCGACCCCAACGCUAAAUUCAAAAAAUUUACGCCCAACGAAUUCCGAAAUUCUGUCAACAUUAAUAACCAAAAUACCACCGGUUCUUUCGUAUCCCAUAUACCGACCCCACCCGCCCUCAGGUCCGUUAAUCAGCAGGACAUCGAUAAAGAAUCGAUGGAUUUAAAGCGACAAUCUAUUUACGAAAAAAUAUUGACUCUCAAAAAGUUGUUUAACCAAGAAGCCCUAAUCCUUAGAAAUCUCCAAAAGCAAUACCUUUACAACCCUUCUUACAAACUCAAACAAGAAAUCAAUAGUGUCACUCAUCGCCUAUCGUCGCUUAACGAAAACAUUAACAACCUCACCAAAAUGGCCGCAUAUAUCGAUAUGAAUCCCGUUCCACUCAUGAAUCAUAUCAUGGCCACUUCGUCGUCUUACGACGAUGGUGACGUCAUAGAUAUUAGAAACCCACCAAGUAUAACGACCAGUCGAAAGGAAUACGUGACUGAAUCCUCCGAUCAAAAUAGCGCGACCACGCUACAUCGCCGCUCCACCGGGUCGGUCUCUUCUUUGCUGGAUACCACUAUGUACGAAAAGAAUAACGCCGAAUUCACGCCUUACGUUUACUCAUCCUCUCCUCUCAAUAGUUUUCAAUCGCCCAUCAACGGGAUGGGGAGCCUUACAGUGCUUAAUAAUCUCUACCAAACGUCAGAGGGUGCAAUUAACGAGGCCCAGGAUACCGGAAACUAUACGUCAAAUCAUAUAUACGAACCCAUAAGACAUAAUAUAGAAGAGAAAUCUUCCCAACCUUUUUCAAUUCCUCCCUUCAAUCGCUCAGCGUGUAUUCUCAACGAAGUCUCUAAAAAUCAAAUUCUCAAACACGCCUUUUCUCUCGAAGACGACGGAAAUACAUCUGAUUCUGAAAAAUUCGAAAAUUAUGGACCUUUCAACGACAUACAUUCCUUGAAGAAUCAUCCGGCUCAUUUAGCCAUAUUUCUCAAUUACCUAUUUUGUAACAGCGAUCCUAAUUCAUUGUUAUUUUACCUGAUCACUGACUAUUACAUGCAUUUUGGAAAUCUCAAGGAUAUGAAACGAUGGGCCUACGAAAUUCAUUCUUCCUUCGUAGUUCCUAAAGCCCCGCUUAAAAUUGCGGUUCCGGAAAGUUCUAUAAUUAGCAUAGAUGAUGCAUUGCAGAAUAGUCUAGACAAAGAAGAAAUUAUGAAAUUUAUAUUCCGUUCAGCUAGGAAACACGUUUUGAUCGAUAUAAGAGAAAAAUUGGCUGAUUUCAGGCUCAAACGUACUUUGGGUCUAAGCAGUAUAUAUGGCGACAAUGCAGCGCUAGACGAAACCCUGGAUAAAAACAAGAUUUCGAAAAUAGCGGAGCAUAUCAUGACUUCUAUAGUCGAAAAAUUGAUCAAAUAUUGGAAAGAAGAUCCUUCUUCCUUGGAAACAGUUACAGACAAAAACUCCCUGCUUCUCUCCGCAUUUCUGACCGUAUGCCGUUUUAUGGGAGGAUUUUGCAAAAGCUUUAACUCUAGCAGUAUCUCCGCUAAUCCUCUGAAUCUGACUGCCCCCAAUUCUUCGUCUCUCAUUUCAUUCUUCGCCAUUCAAGACAGGAUUCCUUCCUUUUGCGGCAAGGAAAAAUCUCAAGCUAGGUUCAAAUUUGCCUCUAAAAAGAGCAAAGCACUAAGCACUAUGGGUCACUCAUUCUUACCUCACCAUUAUAUGUCCCUGACCUUUUGUAACCGGUGUCAUGAUAUCGUCAGAGGCAUAGGCUUCCAGGGGCUUCAAUGCCAAAGUUGUCAAUACAAUACUCACAAACCCUGUCUAGAUUCCAUCGAAGAAUAUUGUGUUGGAAUCCACUUAAAACCAUUUUCAAACGUUUCUUCCUCGACUCCACAACAGAAUUAUCAUAGUUCUCUUAUUCCUCCCUCCCUAAACAGCAUCAACCAUAAUUUUUCCCAAAUAUCCUCACCGGCCAUCAGCAGCAGUUCGGCUUCGAUAACCAAUGCCGUUUCAGGGUCCAAUAAACCUACCCAAGUUCCUAAUGCCAGUUCUGGCUCCUUCGUAUCCAAUAUCAUGCGGAGGCGGGAAACGAAAAGCAUGUUUAUGCCAUCCCCACCAACUGCUCAUCUAAAUAUUAUGAUUCCCACCUAUCCUCCAUCAAGUCACGCUCUUGAAAAGGCUAAAAAACGUUUAGAAAGCAAAGAUUAUAAUAUCCACAUACCAUUUAUUACUACGAAUGAUUUAAAUCAUAAUUCGGGAAACUAUCAACAAUCACAGUCACACCCUUAUCCAUCUUCCAUUGCCGAAGCCAUAAACGAGGAUUCUCUAGAAGAAGAACCUAUCAUUCCAACUUCCUCGUCCAACAGCAGAAAGUCUAUUUCCGGUAUUAAGCUACCCAAAACUAACGGUCCAGACAUUGUAAACGAUUCAUCGAUCCACACUAACGACGCUGCCGAUAAAACUUCCCGUAAAGCACAUAAAUCUCCUCUCAAGCAAUCCUCCUCGGUGCUCAGGAAUAAUUUUUUAUCCGGCAACCAUCAAAAUCAAAAUUUGCCCCAAUCGAACUCCUUUUCUACCGGUAACAACGAGAAAGCUACCUUUUUCCUCUCCAGGACGUCCAAUAGCAUAAUCCCCAAUUUUUCUAAUCGGUGGUUCAGCGAUUCUAACAAGCACAGGAACGAACCCUCGAACAGUAUAGAUAGUUGCGACAACAAAAUGCCGGGUAGCGACAAAAGUAGCACUAAUACCGCUAGUACGACCACCGUUGCUCAUGUAGGAAGGUCCGAGAGUAUGAAGGCCAAAGGCGAAAAUAAAUACCCUCGUAAAAAGAGCGAUACAACUAAUGUUCCUAGAUCAAAAAGUGAUAUAGCACAAAAGGCUGCCUCUUCUGAACAGGUUACGGAAAUAGACCUACCUAAACCCGUUUUAGUCAAAUCCUCCAAAAGAUCCUUCGAUUUCACUUCCAGCUUCAAUUCCAAACCACAAUCCGACAAUGCAUUGAUUUCCAAUGGUACCGCAUCUAAUCAAUUAUCGAUUCUAGCCAAUAAUCAGUCAGCAACGACUAACAACUCUUCAUCCUCCCUCCUCAAAUAUAUGGAACUAUUGAACCUCAAUUUCGACGACCCGGACCUGGACACCGAGCCGGGCAUUCCCAAUUGGCAAAAGUCCGUCGAUUGGGAACACCUCAAAAAAAUGAAGCCCAAAGAAGUUAAGAGGCAGGACGUUAUAAGCGAAUUAUUUCACACCGAAAAAAAUCACGUGCGUAAUCUAAAGGUGCUAGAUUACAUAUUUUACCGACCCAUGAAACUCGAAAAUUUGGUUUCGGAAGAAUUGCUAGACAGGCUUUUCCCUAAUUUAGACGAACUAUUAAGGAUACACGGCGAAUUGAAUCAAAAAAUGAAAAUGAAAAAAUCGGAAAACGUUAUUAUCGAUUCGAUCGGCCCGAUGCUGUUAGAUUUCUUCGACGGCGUCUCAGGCUUAGAAUUUCAAACGGCUUGCGCCAGGUUUUGCGAAAACCAGACCCUAGCCCUCGAAGCUCUUAAACUGAAGCAACGUAAGGAAAGCAAACUCAUGUCCUUUCUCUGCGAAGCCGAAUCAAAUCCCUUAUGCCGGAGACUGCAAUUAAAAGAUUUAGUUCCUUGCGAGAUGCAAAGAUUGACCAAGUACCCUUUGCUAAUUGAGAACGUCAUGAAAUAUACUGCCAUUAGCGAAACGGACGAAAAGGGAGAAACAAUCGAAUACAAGGACUUGGCCGUCUCUUAUGAAAGAGCCCGUUCCAUAUUAGCGCACGUUAACGAGUCCGUCAGGGAAGCCGAAAAUUAUCAACGGCUCAUAGAAGUGGAAUCUCGGCUUGACAAAUCUGCCCUCGAACGGGCUUACGAAAAAGUGCACGAUAACCCGAAACUUCAAGAACUUAAGAAUCUCAAGCUAACUUCCAAGAGACUAAUCAUGGAAGGCAAUCUGCAAUGGAAAUGUUCGCGAACAAAAACAGUUGAAAUUUAUGCCCUCUUGCUUGAGGAUUUGUUACUGAUCACGCAGAAACAGGAUGAGCGAUACAUUCUCAAAUUUCAAUCUACUAACGUAACUCCGGCCAAAGAAGAAUCAAAAUUAUCACAUAGUCCUGUCAUAAAGCUAAAUAAUCUUUUGACCAAAAAUGUUGCCACAGACAAAAGGGCAUUUUUCUUAGUUAGCACUGUGAGCGAAGGCCCACAACUAUACGAACUUAUAGCCUCUACGUCUAACGAGAGAAAACAAUGGCUACUUAACAUCGAAAAAACGAUCGAAAAACUCAAAGGGAUCAAGACAUCUGCCUCUAUUCCCAAAUGCAACCUUUCUUCGAUCACAACCUCUGCGGGUGCUUCUAGGCACUCCUCCGACCCCACGAGUGGCGCAAAAGAAGCCGAAAAAUCUUCCAAACAGCCUCCAAACAUUAAAAAUGGCUCGCUGGAGGCUUUGAAUAUCGAUCUACCUCCCGAUUUAUUGACACCGGAGCUCCCUCCACAAACGCCUGAAGAGGACCACCCAAAGUCACAACAAGAAGAGGACAUGGAAGAGGAAGAAGAACAAGAAUUGGUAGAAUACGUCGCCACACCGCAAUUGGUAAGGCCCUGCGAGGUAGUAGUGAGAGACCCUCUGCCUUCUUGUCGGGCCCACCCCAUUCUCUCCCUCUAUGAACAACUUAGGCGCGCCGACCUCGCCCUCAAUUCCGCCCUUGCUAACAAGCGGGAUAUUGUAUCGCGCGUUUUAUCUUUUCACGCCUCUGCCCACCCAAAAAUAGAUGGUAAAAACAUAUUCCAAGCCAAAUCGAAUAUUCUCACACCAAGCGAUAUAACGCAUCAAUCAAGCGACUUAUUACACAGCGAGGAAUCGACGGAUGAUCACCUUACAUGGAAAACAUUCUCUGAGCAAGAAGUAAGGAUGGGUGACGAUGAAGGAAUCAUCCUUGCCAGAGCGUUGGACAAAGCCAAAGAGCUCAGGGACAGAUUGAAAAUGUUUGAAAACGUCGAAAAGAUACAACAUAUGGAUUCCACUACCAGCUUGGAUGAUAGAUCCGAGAGAGGAUUUUUGAAAAAUGACGAAGCGGGUAUCGAGAAAGCUGACGCUAAAGGUCUGAAAAAUGACCAAGAGUGGCCCUUCGUUCACAAGGCUCUCGGUUUGAUGGAAAUCAAAGACGAUUUAUUUAUCAUAUCUACGUCACUCAAUUUCGAAUUGACCCGCUUGAUGCAUUUUUUCUGUAAACGAGGAGCCUUCGAUUCGUCAACAACCUCAAAAAAUUGCACGGAUUUUUUCUCCAUAGAUGGAACAUCUGACGAUGAUGCUUAUAAAAAUUAUCAAUACAACAAACCCGAAAAUACUGGGGAACCUUUAAUCAUCCAAAGGUCAGAGAUAAUUAAGGCCCAACCUUUGAGUCUUGUUAAAAAUGAUGCCCCAAAUCAUCCACAUUUGGAUUCGCUCCACGAUGACGACGAGGUUGGAAAAGAUUACUCGGAAGAUAUCCAUAUUGAAAUUCUUCGCGAAACCAACGCCCCUGAUUUAGUUCCAGAUUCAAGCAAAGAUUAUUUGACGGAUGGAUUGGAAUCGGAAGAACACCAACUCAUCGACCAUUGCAUCAAGCACGUGGAAACCACCUUAGAGAGCAUCGAUGAAGUCACAAACUCAUCAUCACUUAUAUAUUUCGAAUAUCGAACCGUAAAUGAUAACGAAAAGGUUCCGCUUAUUCUCGAAGCGGCCGGUUCAAAAUGUCUGAAAAAUAAUAAUUUCGACGAAAAAGCUAUAUUAUCACUUGUGGAAAAGACUUAAGUUCAUCCCGUACCCCUCUCGCCAAGAGAAUCGAUGGGAAACAAAAUUGUGAUAAAUCUAUAAUUGAUAUCCUAAUCGUUAUUUAUUUGACAUAAAUCCCAACUUAUUUUGUAAUUCCAUAUACUAAUAUUAUGAUCUAUCAGUUUUUUUAAAAAAUUUCAUUCCCAAGUUACAAACAAAUCAUAAUUCCUUAAACCAAUAUGUUAUUAUAUAUUUUUUUAAAUAUACUAUAAAUAUCUCUAAAUGAUAUAGUUGGUUAUUUUUUACACCAUUAAUAUAAACUUAUAUAAUUAGUACUAGAUUCGAUAUUUUUCCAAAAAUUCGAAGAAUUUUUCUUCCUUUUUUAUAGUGAUUUUAAUCUCACAAAGUAAAUAAGAUUUACUUACAAAACUAACUGUAUUAUUAUUGUAAAAAAAAG